CGCUCACAUCCAGCUCUUAUAAACCUGAGGGCCUCACACCUUCUGCGGGGUCAAAUUUCUCCUGCAGAUCACUGCGUCUUCUUCGUGGAAAAAAAAAAAAAAAAGAUUUCAGUGGGAUUGCGGCGCAUCGCUAAGAUUUCAUCCCUGGAAUACAUUUUUAAGCCGAACGUUAAGAAUGAGAACCAUGUGAAAUAGAUAAAGAGUCUCGGGGGUUUGAACUUCUGAAUGAAUUUAGGAGAGUUCUCGGUUAAGUUUCGGAUGAGUUUUGCUCGCUGAUCCCUGAGCAGAGACGGUUUUGGGGGCGAACGAGCGCAUUUUCUUCCCGGCUCAGCAUGAACCUCAUCGGGGGCUACCAGCAUCACCACCACCACCACCUGAUGCACGAACCCUUCCCGUUCGUCCAGCGGUGCCACCAGGAUGCGCCGUACUUCCAGAGCUGGGUAGUGAACCACGGCGAGGUGCCUGCAGACUUCCAGAUCCAGGCGCCCUACACGCCGUCCGCGGAGAUAGGAGCGCAUGGAUCGGCGCACGACGGACGACUCGAGGGGCUUCAGCCGGGGAUGGGGAAAAGGAGGGCGUCCGGGCCGAAGAAGGAGCGUCGCCGAACGGAGAGCAUCAACACGGCGUUCGCGGAGCUCCGGGAGUGCAUUCCUAAUGUUCCUGCAGACACAAAACUGUCCAAAAUCAAAACUCUGCGCCUGGCGACCAGUUACAUCGCGUAUCUGAUGGACGUGCUGGCCAAAGACUCCGGCGAGACGGAGGGUUUUAAGGCCGAGAUUAAGAAAUUUGAAACUCGAGAUUUGAAAAGGAAACGGGAGCUGACCGACGGCUUGCAGGAGUCCUUCGGAGGCGAGAAGAAGGUGAAGGGCCGGACCGGGUGGCCGCAGCAGGUCUGGGCCCUGGAGCUCAACCAGUGACCCCCUAAGAAAAGACUCCGAAUUUAAAUCUGACAACUACACACACACACACACACACACACACACACACACACACACACACACACACACACACACACACACAAACAGAGACACUGGCUUGCUUAGGCUCAACACACCGCUGUGCAUGCGCAGUGAUGCGCUAAAGAGGAGAGAAUCAAAGGACGGGAGCUGGAGGAGCGCUGCUCAUUAUUGUGUUUUCCACAAUAAUAAUAUGAUAGAGAUAUAUGUGGUAUUUCUGAUUUUGAACUUUGUUUUAGGUCUUCACUCUUGUGGUACUUUAAGCCAGAUGUUGUUAAAAACCCCUGUAUCAGCCUGUAUUCUGACCUUGGAUAUCCUUUCAUUUCCCUCUUUUAGUGACUAAAGAUCAGGGCAGAGAAUGCGCAAAACGUUUUCUACCCUUUAUAUCUAUUAAUUAUUGUAAUAUUAAAAUACCGCACAUUUUGGCAUUUUCUCACCAAUUCACUAAGACAGAUUUUCCCACUGUUAAAAAAUGUUAACCAAUCACAAACCAUUUUCAGCGUUCAAUACAUUUCCUUUUCACUGUCGCUUUUCUUUGCUCGCAUCUGUAAAUUCUGGCCUGAAUGCAGUCAGAAAGUGGCUUCUCCACAUUUGCAUUUCGCUCAGAUAGAAAUGUGACCUCUUAAUGAUCAGGAUUAUUUAAUUUCUAAUUUAACCUGGAACUAAUUUAAAUUCUGAGCUCCGUUUUGAAUCGGUGGAAAUAAAAGAACAAUCCGCUGUGGCUUUAUUUAGACUCUGAACCCAGAUCUCCGCCUGUGUAAACUGCAGACACUUCUUCUUGUUGUUGUUGUUGUUCAAUUGAAUCUACCUCAGUACUUUAAAUGUCACUGUCCAACGGGAGGAGAGGAGGAUAAAAACCAACUGAGAGUGAGACACUAAUAUUAACGCAGCUUUUCACUCCCGACUUGUAAAAACGCUCAAUGUUUUCGAUUAAAAGUGUUUAUUAUUGUGCGCAAUGUUCAUGGAAAAGUGUGUUAGAUGUGAAAGUAUAUUUGGUUCCGUAAAUAAAUGGAUUCUUUUACGACACAGUA